AUGGCAACACGUUUCAGAUUACUCGAAGUCGACCGAUUUCCUGGUCAAGUAACCAGCUUGGUCCACAUUGCUAAUGCAAACAAGAUUGUGAAAGAGAAGCUUACGCCAAGACAGUUGGACAUAUUCAAAAGAACAAUUUUUGUACGAUUUGUAGACGUUGACAUGGUGUUUAACAACCCAAUUAUCCAUCACAUAUUGCUGAGAGAAGUGAAGAGGACGAGAUCAGACUCAAUGUCAUUCUCUGUUUGUGGAAAGAUUGUCACUUUUUCGAAGGAUGACUUUUUGUUGAUGACUGGUUUGUGGCAAUCUCUAACACAAGUUGAUCAGAACCAACAGUCCUUGUAUGAACUUGCUAUCAAGUAUUUUGGUAAUCGAGUGACGAAGGACACCUUACAUCUCUGUCAACUUGAAGAAAAAUACAAGGACAUGGAGUUUGAAAAUGAUGAUGAUACUGUGAAGAUCACAAUAGUUUACUAUACUGAGGUUGCAAUGAUGGGGAAAAACAAACAGAAAAAUGCAGUGGACCUUAAACGUUUCUAG